AUGCUUGCAGAUGUCGCUGAUGCUCGGGAUGUCAAGUUCACAUAUCCAAACAAGGAUUUGCUAAGCUACAUCUUCGAUGAUCCUCCCGUUGCUCCAGACACGCCGCUCUUUAUCGAUGCAGACAACCUCGACUCACCCGAAGGCACGUUGACUUACGGUCAAUCCAAGUCAUUAGCACAAAAGAUUGCCUUUGGCUUGCGUGAGCGAGGCUUGCAAGAUGGCGACGUAACAUUGGUCUUUAGCCCAAACUCAAAUCUCUAUCCGAGUGUCAUCUUUGGCAUUAUUUGCGCCGGAGCUAUCUUCACAGGGGCCAACCCGAGCUACUUACCCGAUGAGCUGUUGCAUCAAGUUACACACUCAAAGGCAAAGUUCCUCGUGGUCGAUGCAUUGCUACUGCCAAUGGCAAAGAAGGUUUGCGCUCAGGCAGGCAUCCCGGAUGAUCGCAUCCUGACAUUCAAGCCAGUUCCAGGUCACCCGGGCGCUAGUAUCCAAGACUUGGCCAAGUGUGGCAAAGAGUUGCAGUGGAAGCGCAUCACUGACCCAAAAGUCUUGGCAGACAAGACGGUCAUCUUGCUAUAUUCGAGCGGUACUACUGGAAAGCCCAAGGGUGUAGAAUUGACGCACAGCAAUGUCGUGUCCAACACCCAUCAGACUCAAUUCGUACGCGAUCAAGGCGACGCGUACCUCAAGUCUAUCGGCGAGGAACCUCUUCAAGGUCCUUUCGUGGGCCACUUGCCCAUGUUUCACGCGUAUGGUCUUUCCAACUCUUGCUGUGCAGCAUUCAGGACGGGUCACUGCUUCAUCGUCACACGCAAAUUUGAGAUUGGCCAGAUGCUAGAACUUAUUCAGCGUUUCAAGAUUCAAGCGCUUGCGACGGUCCCACCGGUCAUUACACUCUUGGCGAAACACACACUCGUCGACAACUACGAUCUGAGUAGCUUGCGCAGUAUUGGCAGUGGUGCUGCACCACUUGGUCAGGAAACGCAAGAGCUUUUGCGUAAGCGUAUUCGCGAGUCUGCUAAGCGUGCAGGGAAAGAGGCAAAGCCAUGCCGCUUCCAGCAAGGUUGGGGUAUGUCUGAGCUUUGCUGCACAGGCACCUCUUUCACGGCCGGUGAUGACGACUAUGAAGGCAGUGUCGGCCGGCUUGUGCCAGGGCUUGAGGCAAAGCUUGUCGACGACGAAGGCAAAGUUGUAACGAAAGCUGGAGAGCGCGGUGAGUUUUGUCUCAGGGGUCCCAAUAUCAUGAAGGGCUACCUGAAUGCCCCUGAGGCUACACGCGAGACGGUCGACAGCGAGGGAUGGUUACACACGGGUGAUAUUGCCAUCUGCUCAGAAGACGGCCGCCGUUGGUGGAUUGUUGACCGCAAGAAGGAGCUCAUCAAGUACAAGGGCCUGCAAGUGGCCCCAGCUGAGUUGGAAUCUCUUUUGCUCAGCCAUGACCACAUUGCAGAUGUCUGUGUGGUGGGUGUGCCUUUCGAGGACACGGAAGCCCCACGUGCAUAUGUCGUCAAGUCAAGCCCAAGCUUAUCCGAGCAGGACGUGAAGACUUUUGUUGAGGGUAAAGCAGCACGCUACAAGUGGUUGAGGGGCGGCGUCAUCUUCAUUGAUGCCAUCCCCAAGAGUGCCAGUGGCAAGAUUCUGAGACGUGAGUUGCGAACAAAAGCACAGCAAGAAAUUUUGGCUGCUCAAAAGGCAAAGCUGUAA